UAAACAUGAACUUGUCGCCAGUCUAUAAAAGUCACUUCAGUUAGUUUGUCUUGACCAUUAUCGUACACUUUUGUUUUCUUGAUCUGAAACUGAAAUCAGCACUAUGAUAACGAUUCCUUGUGUUUUCCUGUGUGUAUUGUAUGUGGCUGUGUCGUGGGCAGCUACUAUCGAUAUCAAGCCCAAUGUUAUCACAGUUCCUGUAACAAGAAAUCUGGAGAUCGUCUGCUCAUUGAAACGUGUGAAUACGCCAGAGUUGUCAGCCCUGUUUUCCUUGACCUUGUUGCACUCCAACGCUAUGGACGAACCAAAGUUCACUUCCCUAGCGUCCGUCAACACGUUGGAUAACAAAAUCAGCACAUUCUCGUUGGACGAAUCAGCCACUGUGGCUGGACUCAUCAACAACAGCGGAGAGUCUUUUCUUCGACUCACAUGGAAAAAUCCAAUGUCUGAGAAAUCUGGCCUCUAUAGAUGCAGCUUUAAUGGCGUCGGUGUCUUGGGGAAUCCACUGACUUUAACCAGCACAGGAGCAGUUGUUGUCUCAGUAACUGACUAUGACAGUCUUACCGACAAAAUGAAAGCUUUUGAAAAUUCGUCGAAGGAGUUAAAGGCUAAAUUUGACAUUUUGAGUGACUAUACCAAUAAUUUGCAUAUUAAUUAUAAUUCGCUGAUUUCCAGAUUGUCGCGAUCUAGAGACGCGGCAUUCUAUUCUACUUCAAGUUUUAAUGGCAGUCGAUAUUACCUACCUAGAGACUUAGACGUCUUGCAGGUCACGUGGGCGCAAGCUACAUGUGAAUUGUAUGGCGGACACCUGGCAGAAAUUGACUCCAAUGAAGAGUUCCACUUCGUUCGUAACUUCUUGGUCAGUAAAAAUUUAUUCGACGUGGUGGUCACAGGGGCGAAUGACGAGGAGAAAGAAGGAACUUGGAUUUACAAUCGUAACAAGGCCCCACUCAAGGUUUUUAACUGGGCGACUACCGAGCCAAACAGUGGUCGUAUCGCUAACUGUCAAUGCUUUUGGAAAGGGGGCAACUGGUACAUGGCGGACGCUCGUUGUGUCUAUUUUAACAACAAACCAAACGAUGGCUAUGUGUACAGCUAUCUGUGUGAAAUGCCAGAGUCUAGUACAGACGUGUAAAUUUGUUGCACAAUCAUUUCGAGUUGAGUUGCCAAGUUAAACAAAAAUGUAACAUUUUUAAUUAAACAACAUGGCAACUAAAUGUGAACAGUUUUAAAGUAUUUCAUACCGGGUUAUAAAGGAAAAUGAUGAUGAUGAUAAUGUGAAGAAUCAUGUAUGUACUUUAAAAAAUAAGAAAGAAGUAAAAUAUAAAAGAUGCUUACAAAAAAUAAAGUUUAUUUUGAGCGAAAUUGCA